AUGGCCCACCGCCCGCUCCCGGUGUUCUACCAGGUGUCGCCGGACGACGUGCAGGACCUGUCCGGGCCGUUCAAGCGCGACUUCGACGAUCACAAGGACAUCUACACGUACAACAGAGUCGACGGCUGGAUCAAAGCUAUGCAGGCGGUUGCGGAUUUAGCAGGCUGGCAUCUCGAGCGCCAUAGAUUGUUUAAGUUGACGAAACUUCUUACCGUCUUAGUCGUUGUUUAUAUACAAGUUAUUGUGAAAAAGGACAAAAGACAGCUCAUCGUCAAAUGUUUGGCAGUUAAGAACAAUCGCAUGCUGCUCAUAGAAGUUGAUUCUCAAUGCGACGUUCCUUUCUCUUUUGUUUAUGAAGAUGGAAAGGUCAUCGCCAGCGUCCGCAAGGUACUGACCUCCGAUUUUAUCCGGGAGCUAGUCACGAGGAAACCAGGUGAAGGACAGAUGUGUAAACGUUGA